AGGUAGUAGGAUCUGGACAUGAAGGUUCUUCUCUUCGUUGGUCUCCUCGCAGCCACCGCGCUUGCUUCCCAUCACUCAUCCGAUCCAUCGAAAGAUGGUGAACAUUUCAAGGGAAAGGAACAUGACAAGAAGUACGAUCACGAGCAGUUCCUCGGAAAAGACACCGCUGCUGAAUUUGAUGAAUUAACACCAGAAAAGUCAAAGGAGAAGCUUGCGUAUGUUCUUUUAAAGUCUCAUGACCUUCAAAUCAACGUCUAUUAUUUUCAGCAAGCUCGUUCCAAAGAUGGAUGCUGACAGCGAUGGCUUCAUCGAGGAGAACGAGCUCAAGGAUCACAUCAACUUCAUGCAAAAGAGAUACGUCAACAACGACGUGGACCGUACCUGGAAGAACUACAAGGCCGAGAAGAUUGUCGACGGAAAGAUCAAGUGGGAAGACUACAGAGAGAUGGUCUACGGAUCUGCUGACGGAGCUGGCCAGGAGCUUUCUCCAGAAUACGCUAAAAUGAUCGCACGUGACGAGAAGAGAUGGGCUGUUGCCGACUACGACUCAAACGGAGCCCUCGACAGAACCGAAUACGGUUGCUUCAUGCAUCCAGAAGACUGUGAUCACAUGAGAGACGUUGUCGUCGCCGAGACUGUCGAUGAUAUUGAUAAGAACAAGGACGGAUCUGUGGAUCUUGAUGAGUACAUUGGAGAUAUGUAUAGACCAGAUGAUUACCCAGAGUUGAAUGGAAAAGAACCAGACUGGGUUCAAUCUGAGCGCGAAAUGUUCAAGGAGCACAGAGACAAGGACGGAGAUGGAAAACUCAAUCAGGAGGAGAUGCGCGAUUGGAUUAUGCCAGUUGGAUUCGACCACGCCGAGGCUGAGGCUCGUCACUUGGUUGGAAUCGCCGAUGACAACAAAGACGGAAAACUGAAUCUCGAUGAAAUCGUCGCCCACUACGACACAUUCGUCGGAUCCCAGGCCACCGACUACGGAGAGCAACUCCAGAAACACGACCCAGCCGAGCUCUAAAAUUUUUGUUUUUCUCCAAACAGUAUUACGCGAAAAUUCUCAUUUGAGAUCUGUUAGUAAUAAUAAUGUGUGACUGGUCUUCGAAACUCAUUCUUACUUAACAAAAAAUGUUCACUGUUCUUAUUUAUCUCAUUAUUGUUUGCCUUUUUCAAUGUCAUAAGUAUAUAAUUUUCAAGCGCAUGCAUUUUUGAAUUUUUCGGAUUUUUCGAAUUUUACUGGUUUUAAUAAUUAUCAACAAAUAAAAGUUUAUGCAUUCAAAAAUCC